AUGAAUGAUUCUAGACAGCAGUCACUGUUCUUCAUCACACUUCCAGAUUUACACAAACUCUGUGAAGUCAGAAUAAUAUUGAGUAAUGGCUUGUCAGAUACUGAGAUUAGGAGUAUGCAAAUGAAGAUGUGCAGGGAAUUGCUGUUUUUGCAUCAAGAUGUUCUUACAUCACCUGUGCCUGGAAUAUUAAACCAAAUUUGGGUAGUGAUGGCGAUACCAUUUUAUAAAACUGGAAAACUUAAUGCCUAUAUUGAAAAAUAUGGAGCUAAGAUGGAGGCUCCACAAAGAGUAAUUCCACUAAUUCUUCAAAACUGCCUUUCAUAUUCAUUAAUGGCUAGACUUGCUCCGGCCUGGAAUAGAACUGGCCAUGUCUUGGUACAAGGAAGAGAUUUUCUUUCUCAGAUGGGAAAGCAAAGUGCUGUUGUAUUAAACAUCAAUGUAACGGAAACUCAAGUUUGUCUAAGUAUAGAAGCUUGCACAGUCCGACUGCCACCACCUGAGCUAAAAGAAUUUGAUAUUUCUCAGAGUAUUAUAAAGGAUUUUCAUAUUAACAAGAAUGCUGUCAUUGAGAGACAUUCCAUUUUAAGCAAGUGGUGCUACGUUUUGCCAAGCAUGAAAAUGGGACAAAUUAUAAGUAUUCUUCAUGCCACCCCCCCUGACUGUCCUUUUCAAUCAUAUGAAGAUUUCAAGAUGCACUGGGAUGACCUGUAUGGCUAUAAACUUCCAGAAGAUUGUGGAAAUAUUAAAAUAUACUGCAACAUCUAUUUCAAAAUGAUUGGAGAAAAGACCUUCACAUACCCUCUCAGCUGCAUCAGAAGUCAGCCCAUACAGUUCUUUCCAAGGGUAGAUUUGGAAGGUGUGUUGAAAAGUUUCCUUUCAGAUUUAAAAUCUAAACUGCCCCAUAUAUGUGGAUUCCCCAUAAAGAUGACAAAUAAGCCGUGCUACUACACACAAGAACUAACUAAACCUCACAUACAGGAAAACAAAGUCAAGCCACCCAAUUUAACCACUAAAAGAAUGUUUAGGGCAUCUCUGACUCAAGCCGCUUCCAUAAAACCUACUUUGGCUCAAAGUCUUCUACCAUGUUCAAUAGCAGCAGACCACAAGGGGGAGCUUUCGGUGAGCCAGCCAAAGCCAGGCAUUUUCUCAGCUCUGUCUCUCCAGCCAGAAUCUCUUCAGGGCAGAAAGAAAUCCCUGUCUAACCAGGUACCACAAGUACAUUUGGAAGCAUUAAAGCCCAACAGAGAAAGUACUCAAGUUCAACAUACAAAUCUUAGCUCCCAAAAUAACAUCACCCCUAAAUUCAUACCAGUUUUCAAAAAUAGAUUAUUACAGAUGAACAAAAAUACGUCAGCACUUGGCAACCUGAAAAGAAAACAGCAUGUUGUUACAGAAUCUAAAGCAUUUUCACUGAAAACUAGUAUGAUCCAGGAUGACAAACUGAAUUUAGUUCCAGCUAUAAAAAAAAGAUCUAAUAGUAACAUUCAGAUGCAUGCUAAAAACUUAAAUCAGAAGAGUUCCAUACUUUUGCAAGAAAAAAAUGCUAAGUCCUGUGAAGAUAUGACAAAAUUUCCCUCUUCUAAUGGAAAAUCAACUGUGAGUUUAAAUGAAAGUAAACAACUAUCUAAUAGUGCAGUAUUUCAUGUGACAAAUAAUUUAGGGGUGAUAAAAAGUACUGUUGACUUCCAAGUGAAUGGAAAAGAAGAUUUAACAUGCAAAUGUAUAGCACAAAUUGUAGGGAAGGGCCAUGAGUCACUAAAACUGGAAAGAAAACCACACAUUUUUGAAUCAGAUGCAGAAACAGAAUAUCCCCAAGUGCUACAGCAGCAGUCAGCAAAUCAAGCUAAAGAAGUUGAUGUAAGUGAUCCCAGGUUGAUAGUAAACAGAACAGCCCACAGGUCUAAAAGGAAGUCAUGUCCGGAGUCUUCAAAAAUUUCAAAGAAGUAUCAUCCCAAUACUGUCCAUAAUGGGCAAUCCAGUUCUUCUAGGAACCAGUUGGAUGCCUCCGUGGCCUCUGCCAGGGCUGUUCCCUCCCACAGCCCGGCACAGACCGGCCUCCCUGCCGAGCCCGAAGCCAAGGACAGUCCCCGCUAUGCAAGCUCUGGGGACCGGGUGACACCAGGCUCACCAAGGUCUGGCAGCCCCUGGCCUGGGCACAUGCUGCAACACUCCAGGGGGGUGCGGGUGGGGCAGGAAGAGGUGCCCUACUCCCCAGUCUCAGCUUGGACCGUGGAAGCUGGCCCUGGGGAUCACACCGGCGCCUGCACACUCCUCGCCGCACUCCAGGACGAGGGCUCUCGAAGCCUCGCCUGCACCAGAAUCCUUGUAAGUCCGAGUGGGGCCUCAUUUCUCACAAGCUCCCAGGUGCUGCUGCUGGAGCAGGGCACCCUGAGAACCGCUGUGCUAGAAAUGCCUUUGUCAGGUGACCUCACGUAG